AACCGGAACUAUUCGAUUGUUUAUAGUACGCAUAUAAUGCAAUUUUUUUAAAUUAAAUCUAUAAUGAUGGAGAAAAAUGAGACAAAGUCAACAAAUUCACCCUAUCUGGCUCCUCUCCUGGCUGGAGCUAUGGCUGGAUUGUCCGUAGAUUUAACAUUAUAUCCCUUUGAUACCCUGAAGACACGUCUACAAGCAGAGCAGGGCUUUCAUAAGGCUGGAGGAUUCCGUGGAGUUUAUAGAGGUAUUUUGACAGUCGCUUCGACUUCCAUGCCAACGACGGCAUUAUUCUUUGUGUCCUAUGAAACUACGAAGACACUAUGUAUACCACACUUGCCGAGUUCAUACUCAUCGCUAGUUCACAUGUUUGCUGCAAGUGUCGGUGAAAUUUUAGCGUGUGUUAUAAGAGUACCAACGGAAAUAGCAAAACAGAGAAAACAAACGUAUGUCGGGACCAAGAAGACAAGCAGUAUAUCAAUACUAUUUCAGGCAUACAAAACGGAAGGUUUUCGCAAGGGCGUGUACAGAGGAUUUGUGUCCACAGUCGCUAGGGAUUUACCGUUCAGCUUCAUAGAGAUGCCCGUCUGGGAGCUCCUGAAGACGACCCUCAGGAACCACAACGACGGACAACUGUCCAGCUUUCAGACAGCGCUGUGCGGGUCCGCGGCUGGUGGGUUCGCGGGGGCUGUGACCACGCCUCUGGACCUCGCCAAGACGCGCAUCAUGCUGGCCCCGGACUACGCGGUCACGCGCAAACUGAGAAUACGUCCGGUCCUCGAGGAGAUAUACUGUCGCGGCGGCGUCCGGGGCCUGUUCGCGGGCGCCACGCCGCGCCUCCUCGCCUUCACGCUCGGCGGCUUCGUAUUCUUCGGCGUUUAUGAUCUCACGAAGAAUCUUUUUGAGAGAAAUACGUCUCGGUAGCAAUGCCUAAUGGAGCAGUUUUUUUCCCCUACCUAAGCUGAUAGCCUUGAGAGGCUAUAUCAGCGUCGCCUUAACUAGUAGGUGAGCUCA